AUGGAAGUAAUGAAGCCUUUAAUUGAUGAACAAAAUUCAGAUGGAAUCUCAGAUGAAGAGCAUGAAAAUAAGUUGCUGGCAGUUGAGACGCAUUACCAGCUUGAUAAUAAAGAAGGCAUUACGUUUAUACAAACACUUAUACACCUCCUCAAGGGAAACAUUGGAACUGGGCUUCUUGGUCUUCCACUGGCAAUAAAAAAUGCUGGCAUUGUGAUUGGACCAAUCAGCCUUCUGUUCAUAGGAGUUAUAUCUGUUCAUUGUAUGCACAUCUUGGUACGUUGCAGCCACUGUCUAUGUCAGAGGAUGAAAAAGUCCUCUCUGGGGUAUAGUGAUACAGUUAGUUAUGCCAUGGAAGUGGGGCCCCUGACUGCUCUUCAGAAACGAGCUUCUUGGGGACGGUAUAUUGUCAACUUUUUCCUAGUGAUAACACAGCUGGGAUUUUGUAGCGUUUAUGUUGUGUUCUUGGCAGAAAAUGUGAAACAAGUCCAUGAAGGAUUCUUGGAAGACAAAACUGUUCCCAUAAAUGUCAGUGCCACCAGCACUUCUGAGAACAGGAGUACUGAUUUACGAAUAUACAUGCUGUGUUUCUUGCCGUUCAUGAUCCUCCUGGUCUUUAUUCGUGACCUUAAAAGCCUGUCCUUGCUUUCAUUGCUUGCCAAUCUGUCCAUGGCUGUCAGCCUGGUGAUCAUUUACCAGUAUAUUGUUAAAGAUAUAGUAGAUCCUCGAAAACUGCCUCCUGUAAUUGGCUGGAAGAAAUACUCACUGUUUUUUGGGACUGCAAUAUUUGCUUUUGAAGGAAUUGGUGUGGUACUCCCAUUGGAAAACAGAAUGAAGGACAACACGCGUUUCCCACAGGUGCUGAACAUUGGCAUGGGAAUUGUCAUGACCUUGUAUAUCUCACUGGCCACUCUAGGGUAUCUGCGCUUUGGGGAUGAAAUCAAAGCCAGCAUAACUUUAAACCUACCACAAGAUAUAUGGUUAUAUCAGUCUGUAAAAAUUCUGUACUCCUUCGGAAUUUUUGUGACCUAUUCGGUUCUGUACUACGUCCCUGCGGAGAUCCUCAUUCCAGCCAUCACCUCCAAAGUGCAGCAGAAGUGGAAGUUACUCUGUGAGCUUGUGGCGAGAGCACUGUUAGUCUGCUCAACCU